ACGCCUACCUUACGUCACACUUUGGCAGGCUUCCUUAAACUUGACUGUUUCAGCACGCAGGUCAUCAGUCUUCAUGUGUGGAGAGAAACAAUUACAUCAUAUGCACCUGUCUGAGUACAUUAUUUACUGUAAAUCUGGUCCAGCAUGUCUUACGUAUCUGACAGCUCUAGUCUCAACAAGGCCCUGCGGCAGCAAUAUCUCAGUCUGCCUCAGGGACACUUCUGUCAGGUCACAUACGUCUGGAUUGAUGGCUCUGGGGAGGGUCUGCGCAGCAAGACUCGAACCAUGGAUUCUGAGCCAAAGAGCAUAACUGAUCUGACAGAAUGGAACUUCGAUGGUUCCAGCACAGGUCAGUCUGAAGGACGCAACAGCGACAUGCUACUGAUUCCCGUCUGCAUGUUCAGGGACCCCUUCCUUUUGGACCCUAACAAACUGGUCCUGUGUGAAGUGCUCAAGCACACCCGGGAACCUGCAGAAUCGAAUCAUCGUAACAGCUGUAAUAAAGUCAUGGAGAAGGUCAAAAAUCUUCACCCUUGGUUUGGUAUGGAGCAGGAGUAUACUCUGUUUGGAGUGGAUGGACACCCUUAUGGCUGGCCCAGACUUGGCUUCCCCAAACCACAAGGUCCAUAUUACUGCAGUGUUGGUGCUGACAGAGCCUUUGGCAGAGAUAUUGUUGAGUGUCAUUAUAAAGCCUGUCUGUAUGCUGGCAUCAAAAUCAGUGGUACUAAUGCAGAGGUCAUGCCCUCUCAGUGGGAGUUUCAGGUGGGUCCAUGUGAAGGAAUUGAGAUGGGAGAUCAUCUGUGGAUGGCACGUUUCCUGCUACAUAGGGUGUGUGAAGAUUUCGGAGUUGUGGCCACCCUGGAUCCAAAACCCAUGACAGGAGACUGGAAUGGAGCUGGUUGCCACAUCAAUGUGAGCACAGAGCAAAUGAGAGAAGAAGGAGGAAUUGAGCACAUUGAGAAAGCCAUUGAGAAACUAGGAAAGCAACAUGCAGAGCAUAUUCAAGUCUACGACCCACGCGGUGGAGAAGAUAACAAACGUCGUCUCACGGGUCGUCACGAGACCGCCAGUAUCCAUGAUUUCUCAGCAGGUGUUGCUAACCGAGGGGCGAGUGUCCGUAUCCCUCGUCAGGUGGGUCAGGAAAAACGUGGUUACUUUGAGGACCGCCGUCCUGCUGCCAACUGUGACCCAUAUGCCGUGACCUGUGCAAUGGCCCGCACAUGCAUGGUGGAAGAAGAGGAAGAUGUCCAUGAUCUGGAAUGACACACUUUUGGAAGUUGUUUAGAAUAUUGGGUAGAGGACACAUUAAACUGUUAUAUUUGUAUGUAAAUCAUACUCUAUACUUAAAUUAAAAAAGAAUGUUUAAUGAAAAGAAUGUUUAAUGGCUUGAUAUGCUGUAUCAAAUGAUCAUACACCUUAGUUUGCCUGUAUAGAUCUCUGUCCAGGGUUAACAGCAUUGACUCUGACCUGUCUUUCUACUCAUCACAAAAAGAAAAAUCAAAAGACCACAUUCCAAGUUAAUUGCCACAGAAAUGCAGAUGGUUUAGAUGAACAGGCUUUUAUAAUACGCAAAUUUCCAAGGGUGUAAAUGCCAGUUCACAUUUUUACAAAAAAUAUUCCACUUAAACCACAUGUGUGAACAAAUAAAAACAUAAAAACAUGAGUGAAGUGAAUAAAAAUGUAACAAACUUG